AAUCUGUGAGGUUACCUUUGCUUGCUAGGAAAGGAGCUCCAUAAAUAAUUUAAUAAAAAAUAUAUAUAUUUAACAAACGUUUUUAUCAAAUUCAAACAUGUCCUUUCUUAGCAGGAAUAUUUUUCGAGCUGUUAUGCAGGGAUCUCAACAUGUUGGAAAGGGUGUACACACAAGUUCGGUAACAACAGAGAAAAAUGUAUGUUAUGCACCAUUUGGAGCCCUGCAACCGAGGGCAACAAAGGAAGGUCGUAUCAAAUGCACCUUGAUUCCUGGGGACGGUGUAGGUCCUGAGCUUGUCUACGCUGUACAAGAAGUUUUCAAGGCGGCCAGCAUUCCAGUGGACUUUGAAUCCUUUUUCUUUUCUGAAGUGAAUCCAACACUUAGUGCACCACUCGAAGACGUCGUAAACUCUAUCGCUGUUAACAAGAUUUGUAUCAAGGGUAUCUUAGCCACUCCUGACUUCUCUCACACUGGCGAGCUACAGACCCUAAACAUGAAGCUCCGUAAUGCCCUGGAUCUUUACGCUAACGUGGUACACGUGAAGUCAUUGCCCAACGUGAAGUGCAGGCACCAGGACGUGGACUGCAUCAUCAUCAGAGAACAGACCGAAGGAGAGUACUCAGCUUUGGAACAUGAAUCCGUUCCCGGCGUGGUGGAGUGUUUGAAGAUCAUCACCGCAGCGAAAUCCGAGCGUAUUGCGAAAUUCGCUUUCGACUACGCCGUGAAGAUGGGCCGCAAGAAGGUGACCGCCGUCCACAAGGCCAACAUCAUGAAGCUGGGCGACGGACUGUUCCUGCGCAGCUGCGAGGAGAUGGCCAAAUUAUACCCUCGCAUCCAGUUCGAGAAGAUGAUCGUGGACAACUGCACGAUGCAGAUGGUGUCCAACCCGAACCAGUUCGACGUGAUGGUGACUCCGAACCUGUACGGGAACAUCGUGGACAACCUGGCCAGCGGGCUGGUGGGCGGCGCCGGCGUAGUCGCGGGGGCCUCCUACAGCGCUGACUGCGCGGUCUUCGAACAGGGAGCAAGACACAUCUUCUCCGGCGCCGUAGGCAAGAACAUCGCGAACCCGACCGCCAUGCUGCUCUGCUCCGCCAACCUCCUGGCGCACGUCAACCUGCCGCAGUACUCGAAGAUGAUCAAGAACGCCAUCAAUAAAGUUCUGAAAGACGCCAAAGUGCGAACAAAAGAUCUUGGCGGUCAGUCCACCACCAAAGACUUCACAAACGCGGUCAUUCACAGUCUCUCCUAAAAGUUGCCUGGAAAAUUAUUUUAGUCUCUUUUGACACUCGCCCGUGUCGCUACUAACAUAAAAAUGUAGUGUAACAUUUAUAGAAGAAGAUCAUUAUUUUUUUUUGUAGCAAAAUCAUAUUUGAACAUACUAACAAUCUACAUCGUGCGUUCUAUGUUGUAAAAUAAAUUAAUCAAAUGUUAAGUUGUUUUAAGUAAUAAUCUCUACUAGUGGUCCCGCAGUAGUCGAAAUUCGACUAUAAUUAAUUGGAAGUGUA